AUGGUACUUCGCACCCUCGAUCUAUUACAGCCAUUUUUAACGACACUCGAUUGUCUAGUGAAUAACGCUUUACCUGUAUUUAUAAUAACAAUGACGAAUAUGAUUAUAAUCAUACGUGUAUUAUUGCAUAAACGAAAAAUGCAACGUGCUCAUACAUGGAAUAAAAAUCAAAAAAUGGUUGCUCAACUAUUGUGGAUAUCGAUUGUAUAUAUUUUAACCUGGAUUCCAAUGACAUUGGGAACACUACUGACUCUCUAUGCAUCCGAUUUACCAUUUGUAUCUGAAAUAUCAAUAGAUUAUAUAUCUUAUUUGACUUAUUUUGCUGUCUUAGUUUGUCCCAUGGUAGCUAUAAUGGCAUUACCGGAUGUUAGAAACAAACUAUUUCGUCCAAAUGAGGCUAUUACUACCACAUCGACAAUAUUCAAUCUAAUAAAAGAUUUGCCUGCUCGAUCACCGCAACUUACCCUGAGUGCUUCUGUUCGUGCACGUGUUCUACCUUCACCAACUCGAAACAAUGAAGGUAAAUUACGCGAAUCGUCUGUGAUGAAGUAUUAAUCCAUUUGGAUUGUUUUGUUCUUUUCUCAGAGUCCC